GUCAGAAUUGCCAAGAAUUGGCGAGAGUUUUAUAAUUGUUUGUCUGGCUCCUGCACCAGAAAUUGUGUUUCUCCUUAUUUUAAAUCCACCAAAUUGUGCACCAAAUUCUUACAUUCAAAUUCAGUGCAACAAGUGUUUCAAACGUAUUUAUUUUUCCUACUAGUCUACAUUUUUCUUUAUUAAUAAACUAAAAGGAAUCCAUUGACCAUCUGGUCAAAUAAAACAAUCACUACGACCUAAAAUUAGUAUAGUUACCGACUUUAAUUUUCAAAAUGAGUUUUGGUAAUGAUAAGAAACCUUCAAUUAUCCAACAAAUUAUUAUCUAUAAUAAACCGAAUAUAAAACAUUCUGUUUUGGAUGGAAAUAUAUUAGGGGAAAACGGUGACAUUAUAAUAUCCCACAUAAAAAAAUCGAAAGAUGAAGAUGGAUAUUCGUCUGAUUCUUCUUCUGAGGGUGAUCUUCUUAUCCAGGAAUAUGAAAUUAAACGAGAAGCUGUGGACGAGACUGCAUCGUCGUCAUAUUUUAAGAUUGAGCCAGCUGAUACGACAAUUCCAAUUGAUGAAUCGAAUAAUAUAAUAUAUGAAUCUGAAUCUAACAGUCAGAACUUAUUGAUGUUGGAUGAGCCUGUAAGUGAAAAUGAACGUCCAAUGUUAAAUUCUCCAGAUGUUUUUAAUGGACCAUUAGAUGAUUCUGCAAAUAUAAAUGAUAAAUCUCCAGAAUUAAAUGCUCCAGAAGUUUUUAAAAGACCUAGAGGUCGGCCAAGGAAAACUAGUCUUAUACCAAGGGAAGAUAUUGUAGAAAGCCCUGCUGUAAAGAGGCCUAGAGGCCGACCAAAAAAGGUUAUAAGCAACAUUGAAGAAAAUCCUCCUACAACAUCUACUUUACAGGAAAGAAUCAGUAAUUUAGAAGUGCCUAAAAAACGGGGACGUCCAAGAAAGACUUUCUCUUCAUCAGAUAAUUUAACAAAUUUAUUAGAUGAUGCCCAAGAACAUGUUAGUAAUUUAAAACAGGUUGACGAUGAACUUGAUUUUAUGUUUAAAAAAUCUGCAGUAGAAGCUAGCAAUGAAGAUGAUGAUUAUGAGGAAGAAUUUGAUUCUGAUGAUGAUAGUCGCAAAGAAUGGGUGCCCGAAGAGUAUGUUGAAUAUAAGCAAAAGCAUUUAUUGAAGGAUGUUAAAAAGAAAUAUUUAUGCAAGUUCUGCUCUAAGGAAUUUCCAAGUUAUUAUACAAUGAGAAAACACAGACUUUUUGAUCAUAAUGAUCUUAUCAAAGAGAGAGCAGCAGGAAAACCAGUAAAAGAUGAACAAGAAGAAUCAACUGAUGAUGAUACCAACCAUACAGAUACGGAAAGUUUGGCAGAAUGGAUGCCUGACGAUUAUGCAGAGUAUAAGCUGAAACAUUCAGUGGAUAAAAAGAAAACCAUUAAUUGGUUUACUUGUAAAAUUUGUUUACAUUUAUUUCCAACUCAUUAUCAGUUAACGAAGCACAAGGUCAGUCAUAUGAAUAAGGAAACUCCUUAUAAGUGCAACCAUUGUGAUGAUAGUUUUAAAGGUAUUGAUGAACUUAUGGCACAUCUUAGAAUACACCGAGGCAAAGACCCAUAUCAGUGCAAAAAAUGUGAUAAAGGAUUUAUCUCCAAAAAAGAACUGGAUGAGCAUUUUCAAAUUCACGUCUUACAGAAGCCAGCCAUACCAAAAAACUUUCGUUGUUCGAUAUGUUCGAAAGAAUUCGCCAAGCUGUGCGACAUCGAACGACACACCCGAGUCCAUACCGGAGAAAAGCCGAGCGAGUGCAAGAUCUGUCACAAGCGUUUCCAGCAGAGCCACAAUCUCAGCAAGCACUUGCUCAUUCAUUUGCACGUGAAACCGUUCCAGUGCGAAAUAUGCAACAAGAAGUUCGGUCGCAUCGACGUACUCAACAGACAUUUGCUGACGCACUCUAUGGAGAAACCGUUCAAAUGCGACGAGUGCGGAAAAGGCUUCAUCAGAAUGGCGCAGCUAAGAGAUCAUACCCGAAAGCACCAUCCGUCAAAGACGGAGCAAGUAGUGGAAGAAGUGGUAGUGGAAGAAGUGGAAGCAGUUGAUGAUAGUUAGGCGUUCGGCUAUCGUUUAAUUUAUUAUGGAUGAUUUUUUGUAUUUGUAAAAUUAAUUUUUAGGUUUAGCGUACAUACAGUAUGUCCCCGGAUUGUCUUUACAAGAGGAAAACCUUUUUUCCUAUUGACAUUUUGAGAAAAAUGUAUUCUUUAUAAAAAAAAAUUUUUGUUCUGAAAUGGCUAAUCCCCUACUCAACUUUCCCAAAUUUCCAUACCGUUUUAAUUAGAAGACCGAGAAAAUUAAGAAAAACAUGAAAAUGUGGUUGAUUUUUUUCGUAUGAAGUCCUAUAAUUCAAAACGCGUUUCUAAGGUAAUAUAAUUUCGUUUUCGUCCAUUGGUAGAUUGCUUUUUGGAUUGCUUUUAAUAGACAUUUAAUUAACGUCAUAUUUUUUGCUGUUUUAAAAUGUUAAAAAAACACAAAAUUGUAUAGUUCAACGCUACGGAAAGGAUGAUAAUAUAGUUAUCGGAAACUGUGAUACUUUAACAACAGCAAACAAUAUGACGUUAAUGAAAAUUAAUAAUAACCAUCUAUCAAAGAAUGAAACCGAAAUUAUAUUACCAUAAAAACGCCUUUUCGUUUUUCAUGACUUAAAAAAUCAGCCAUAUUUUCAUGUUUUUCUUAAUUUUCUCUAAAACGGUAUGGAAAAAAGCGGGAUUAAUCAAUCAUUUUAGAACAACCAAAAUUUUUUUAUGAAGAGUGCAUUUUCCUCUAAACGUCAAUAAUAAAAAAGUUUUUCCUCUUUUAAAGACAAUCCGGGGGUAUACUGUAGAAAUGGGAAAGGUAGCAUAAAAUCGAUAAAAACGGCGUCAGAGUCAAUUGCUUGGCUUGUAAAAUUAUACAGGGUGAGUCUUAAAUAAGUGCAAAUAUUUUUAGGGCUGAGGGCUGGUAGAUCUCCA